UCAGUUCGUCUCGCGGUUCACGAGUUUCUCCGGGUUACGCGCGACGAAGACAAAAUUUACGUACAUAUACACGUACACGCACACAAUUUGGAGGCACAGCGCACAUGUGUAUGUGUGUGCGUGUGUGUCGAGUCAAGUUUCGACGUCGCACUCGGCACGCACACGUACACGCGCACACAUCGUCGUCGGUCGCGUCCGAUCGCGCGUUCCUCUGCUUAAGGAGCCUUGUUUCGUCGCAUUUUCGUGCUCCCGAUCGUUUCAGUCUCGGUUGCGACUCGCUUUCGAUAGCAGAUUGUUGCGUGUGCGCGCGACCAAGGAGGAAACGAGAGAACGAGCGUGAGAGAGACGGAGGAAACAGAGAAUAGAAGAAGAGAGAGAAAGAUAAGGAAAGAAAAGGACGUUAUUAGGUCGUUGCAUUAGACGAACUUUCGGCGGCAAAUAUGGCGAUGCUACCGUUGGGUCUGGCGCCAAAGACCAUCAAGUAUUUGAUGUUCGCUUUUAACCUGCUGUUCGUGGUUACAGCGAUAGCAUUGCUGUCAGUCGGCGUUGUAGUUAUUGGAAUGUACUAUGAGUACCACAGUUUUGUCGACGACAGUUUCUUCUUCGUGCCAUCUCUUCUCAUAGCUGUGGGUUCUAUCAUCUUUAUCAUCGCCUUGUUAGGAUGCUGCGGAGCCGGUCGCGAAAGCUACUGCAUGAUUGUAACGUUCUGCACGCUUCUAGUUGGAAUCUUCGUUCUGGAGAUCAUCGGCGGUACGAUGGGAUAUGUGAUGAGGGCGAGCGUUAAGUCAGUCGCCCAGCAUAAGAUGAUCGACACGAUGGCCAAGUAUAAUACAACCAAGGAGAUGCAAUAUGUUUGGGACGAAUUGCAGCGAAACUUUGAUUGUUGUGGCACCAAUAACGCUACUGAUUGGAUAAAUCUACAAUACUCCGGCAUUCCAAUGUCAUGCUGCGAUAAUACUGUAGGCGUUAUCGGCACUACGAACUGCACGUUAACAUCACCGACUCUUCAUAACGUGGGUUGCAUGGACGCGUUCGUGCGUUUUGCACAGAAACACGCAGGCAAGAUAGCAGGAGUCGGAAUGGGUCUUGGCGUAAUUCAGUUGACGGGAGUAAUGAUAAUAUCGGUCGGCACGACCAUUUACGCUGUUUACGAGAACUUCUCGCAUUUUCUGGACCCAAGCUACUUUUCGCCGGCUACGCUCCUUAUUGUAGUCGGGAUACUCGUGUUCAUAAUAGCUUUUAUGGGAUGUUGCGGUGCGCUUCGGGAAAGUACCUGCAUGGUUCUUGUGUUUUCAGUCUUGCUGUCGAUCGUGUUAUUGAUGGAGCUCGCUGCCGCUGUUGCUGCGUACGCUCUGCAAGGCAGCAUCAAGGGUCUUUUGGCUGAGAAGAUCAACGUAACCAUGCAUCAGUACGGACAGAACAAGGAGGUCUCGGAUGCUCUUGAUUUCCUGCAAAGCAGGUUACGUUGUUGUGGAUACAAUGGACCUGAGGAUUGGAACAGCAUUGAGCUUAACGAAACGAUAACAUCUUGUUGUGAUAAUAUAUUUUAUUCCAUUGAAGAAAAUUGUUCACAAAAAUUCAAUGAAGGUUGUAUCAAUCGUCUUUCCGAUAUUAUUCAUCGUAGUGCACUAUACAUCGGUACGGGAGCCGUGGCGAUCGCUCUCAUUCAGCUGACGGGGAUUAUGUUUGCGUGUAUGCUGGGUCGAGCCAUCAGGCGUCAGAAAACGGAAAGGGAGAGGCGUCGCUGGGAAUUACGAGAAAACCUUGUGAACGGUUACGAGCCAUUGGGAAAAUCGGAUCCCCUGACUACGUUUCCCGUGGUGUACAUGUCACCAGAAUACUCAUAUAAAAGCGAUCAGAACUUGAAAAAGUGUUAAUAUAUUCGAUUCGAGAAACGAAAUAUCUCGUCUGAGAAUCACAAUGCGAAUAUGUUAACAUUUUGCGACAUGAAAGAGGAUUUACAAAAUCACAGAUAACUUCCAACUGUCGUUCUCAUAAGACAAAAAUUUAUAAAAAUCUGAACGACAAUUUUAUGUUUUACAACGUAUUGAAGCAUCCAAAGAGAAUAUUUAUUUCUGACAAUCUUACUCACUUUUAUACGGAAGGUCAUCAUUUAUCGCCGUGUGAUAUAAGAGAAAAUAAUACUUAACCAAAAAUUAUGUGUGAUUUAUGAUUCAGAAAAUAUAUAUUUUCGGAGCGCCAUAGAUAUGUACAAUCAAAUUCUGUUUGUUUUAAAAAAUCCAUACGAAUAAAAUUUUUAAUAUUCAACGAAA